AUGGGGAUUCAAGAAGCCUGUGAAGAGAAGCGGGGCAAGCGCGCCGAUUCGACCAGUUGGAUUCUGCGGAGCUUCGGCUGCAAGGCAGAAGACACCAAAAAAAGUGUUCCAGCACAUCUCCAUCCUCACCCACGGAACCCGAGGCAGGGUCGCCCUUCAAAGCAGGAACUUCCCAGCAUGCUUCAAGAAAUUGAGGUGCUCUGGGACAUCGAUGGUUCUCUCCCGCUACCUCAAGAGGGGUGCUUGACGCCAAUGUCGGUUGCCGGAAGUGGCCCAGCUAGGGAAUGCCUUCGAACUUGA